AGCUUUCCCACCACCAAAUUCACCAAAAAGCCUCUCUUCUCAGUUCUCACUCGAACCUUCCGCGGCCGCCAUUUCUCCAACUCCAUUCGGGCUCAGACCCAGCAAUGUCGACGCACCAAGAAGAUCUCGACCUUCUCCUUUCACUUCAGGACCGAGUUCUCGAAACUCCCCCUGGCUCCCCGUCAAAUCCCCUUUCCGGUUCUCCAGGGCUUCUAUCCGAUGACGAGGGUUCGCCCAGGCGAAGAAGAGAGGGCAAGGCGGCAGAUUUGUCGGUGUUCAAGGACGCCGUACGAGAUUGCCUCGAUUUCGAUGUCAACAAGCUCGCCGAGAAGUCCAAGAAGCUGAAGAAUCACCGGCCUUCGGCGAAGAAAUCCGGCGAAGCGAACCUAGAGAAGUAUUCCGGAUUAAGAAUCAGUGAUCAACAAGUCACCCCUGCCCAGUUAGCGGAACACUUCUCCGACAUCCGUUUCGUUCGCUUGCCAACGAUUAAGAAUUUAUUGGUAGGGGACAGUAUUUCUGGAUGUUGGGCUACUGUUGGCGUAUUGACCGAGAAGGGACAACCGAGAACUAGCUCCGCGGGCAAAAGCUAUUCGAUAUGGAAAUUGAGCUGUUUAGAUGAGAGCAGUGUUUCUGUUUUCCUGUUUGGUGAUGCUUAUAAGCUUAACUGCAUGGAGAAGGCUGGAACUGUUUUCGCCUUGUUCAACUGUUCAGUAAGGAAAGACAAUAUGGGACAAGGUUUUUCACUGAGUGUUUUCUCUGCCAAUCAAAUACUAAAGAUGGGGACUUCUGUUGAUUAUGGAGUUUGCAAGGGGAAGAGGAAGGAUGGAAUGGCUUGUAGUCUGGUGGUAAAUAAGCGACAAGCGGUCUAUUGCAGAUACCAUAAUGUGAAAACUGCUGAGAGAUUCUCCACGACACGUACUGAGCUUAAGGGAGGAAAUUUGAGCACAGCCUUCAGAACUCCUUUCAACUCAAGAGGUAUUUACAUUGCCGAUCCUCUAGCAGACUUGAAGAACAUAAAAAAGCCCGCACAGCCAGUUAAGUUAAUGUCUAUAGAAGGGCUCAGAAAGGCUUUGAGCAAAGGAGAAAGAGUGACUACGAACACACACUCGCAGGGAUUGAGAUUUCUAAACGAACUCACAGCUUCAGGAAAACUGAAUCCAAAAACAUCAAGUAAAGUAUCCGGAGCAGCAAGCCACCAUACGACCAGCUCGGAGAAAAGGAAACCACAAAGCAUGAAACCAAAUCCAUCUCAACACGAUGAUGCGAAGCGGACGAAAACUAGCCAGGGGAAAGCUUCCGUCGACAAGGGCAAGCAGGGAACUGCGAAGAUGGUUGAGUUGCAUCUCAUUGACUCGGAUGAAGAAUAGUGAAAGCUGGUAUCAUCACUUCCCUCCAUUGUCCACUGACAUUUUCUAACUUGUAUGGCUUCUGUACUAUUGAAACUGGGCAGUUUCUAAUUGUACAUUGCUCCAUUAUUCCAUCCAUUUCCCCUCAAUCUCUUUCUUUCUGUAUUUGAAUGGGAAGGAUAUAGCUUUAGAUGAAGCAAGAAGAACACCAUGAAAACCAUCACUUUCGCCCGGUUACCCUUUGGAGUUUUGGGCUCAAGUCUCAAGUGGGCCCUAAUGUUACAGCUCAUUUGGUCUGUACCAUAGAUGCAAUGUUGGUCCUGAAUCUGAUGAUUCACAUAGAGCCCUCCAACGGGUGAAGAAGAUAAGAAAAAACUGGAGAUGGGAAGUGAGCUUAGCUAGCUAGCUGGGAGAGAUAGUGAAAGGGGAGCAAUCGUGGACAAGUUUCCUUUCUAUUUUGAUGAUCAGAAAAUGAUAGAAGACAGAAAUUGGAAAAACA